AAGAGGCAGUCCCUCAUGAGACGCAAAGGGUGUUUCCUCGCCUUUAAGCGCAAGUAUGGACAGUCAGACAGUUACCGCGUUGCCACCACACAGGACAAAGAUGAUCGAUCCCCCAAGAAGAAGAAAGGGGGAGCCAAAGAUAUGGAUGACCUGAAGAAAGAAGUGCCCAUUACAGAACAUAAGAUGUCUGUCGAAGAAGUCUGCAGGAAAUUCCAGACUGAUAUUGUCCAGGGACUGACCAAUGCCAAGGCAGCAGAGGUUCUCCUCAGGGAUGGACCUAAUGCUCUUACUCCGCCUCCCACCACCCCAGAGUGGGUAAAGUUUUGUCGCCAGCUGUUUGGUGGAUUCUCAAUCCUUUUGUGGAUUGGGGCCAUCCUUUGCUUUCUAGCCUACGCCAUCCAGGCAGCCACUGAAGACGACCCUGCAGGAGACAAUUUGUACUUAGGUAUUGUGCUCACAGCGGUCGUCAUCAUAACCGGUUGCUUCUCAUAUUUCCAAGAGGCCAAAAGCUCCAAGAUCAUGGAGUCUUUCAAGAACAUGGUACCUCAGCAAGCAUUGGUGAUCCGUGAGGGAGAGAAAGUCCAGAUCAAUGCUGAGGAGGUAGUGGCUGGAGAUCUGAUAGAAGUGAAAGGAGGAGACAGGAUCCCUGCUGACAUCCGGGUAGUAUCAGCUCACGGUUGCAAGGUAGAUAAUUCUUCCUUAACAGGCGAGUCAGAGCCUCAGAGCAGGUCACCUGACUGCACCCAUGACAACCCCUUGGAGUCUCGAAACGUUGCUUUCUUUUCUACCAACUGUGUAGAAGGCACAGCACGUGGCAUUGUCAUCUGCACUGGAGAUCGUACAGUCAUGGGUCGUAUUGCUACACUAACGUCUGGUCUGGAGACCGGCAAAACCCCCAUUGCAAAGGAAAUCGAGCACUUUAUCCACAUCAUCACUGGUGUAGCUGUCUUCCUGGGUGUUACGUUUUUCAUUCUGGCCCUCAUCCUGGGUUACACCUGGCUGGAGGCCGUUAUCUUCCUCAUUGGUAUUAUUGUGGCUAAUGUGCCUGAAGGACUCCUGGCUACAGUCACUGUGUGUCUGACGCUGACUGCAAAACGUAUGGCUAAGAAGAACUGCCUGGUGAAAAACCUGGAAGCUGUGGAAACCUUGGGCUCCACAUCCACCAUCUGCUCAGACAAGACAGGCACCCUUACCCAAAACAGGAUGACUGUUGCACACAUGUGGUUUGACAAUCAGAUCCAUGAGGCUGACACUACAGAGGACCAGUCUGGUGCUUCUUUUGACAAGAGUUCAGUGACAUGGCAGUCGCUGGCUCGUGUUGCUGCUCUGUGUAAUCGUGCCCAGUUCAAAGCAGGUCAAGAUUCCAUCGCCAUCCUGAAGCGUGAUGUAGCCGGUGACGCCUCAGAGUCAGCCCUGCUGAAGUGUAUAGAACUAUCUUGUGGCUCAGUCAGGUUAAUGAGGGAAAAGAACAAGAAGGUGGCAGAAAUCCCCUUUAACUCUACAAAUAAAUACCAGCUCUCAGUGCACGAGACAGAAGAUCCCAAUGACAACCGCUACCUGUUGGUGAUGAAAGGAGCUCCUGAAAGGAUUCUAGACCGCUGCUCUACAAUUCUGCUUCAGGGCAAGGAGCAGCCAAUGGAUGAGGAGAUGAAGGAAGCCUUCCAAAAUGCCUAUAUGGAGCUGGGAGGACUGGGAGAGAGAGUACUCGGUUUCUGCCACCUGCUGCUGCCAGAAGAUCAGUACCCCAAGGGUUUUGCCUUUGACACAGACGAUGUCAACUUUCAAAUAGACAACCUCUGCUUUGUUGGUCUCAUGUCCAUGAUCGAUCCUCCCCGUGCUGCUGUACCCGAUGCUGUUGGCAAAUGCAGAUCGGCUGGCAUCAAGGUCAUUAUGGUUACUGGAGAUCACCCAAUCACAGCCAAGGCCAUCGCCAAGGGAGUGGGCAUCAUCUCAGAAGGAAAUGAGACAGUGGAGGACAUUGCAGCACGUCUCAACAUACCCGUCAGCCAGGUCAACCCAAGGGAUGCCAAAGCGUGCGUGAUACAUGGUACAGACCUAAAGGAGCUGAAUCAAGAUCAAAUGGAUGACAUUCUGAAGAAUCACACAGAGAUCGUCUUUGCCAGGACCUCCCCACAACAGAAGCUCAUCAUUGUGGAGGGCUGCCAGAGACAGGGUGCUAUUGUUGCUGUGACGGGCGACGGCGUCAAUGACUCUCCUGCGCUGAAAAAGGCAGACAUCGGUGUUGCCAUGGGAAUCUCAGGCUCUGAUGUGUCCAAACAGGCUGCAGACAUGAUCUUACUAGACGACAACUUUGCCUCAAUUGUCACUGGAGUGGAAGAGGGCCGCUUGAUUUUUGAUAACCUGAAGAAGUCUAUUGCCUACACUCUGACGAGCAACAUCCCAGAAAUCACACCCUUCCUGUUGUUCAUCAUUGUCAACAUUCCCUUGCCCCUGGGAACGAUCACCAUCCUCUGUAUUGACCUGGGAACAGACAUGGUGCCUGCUAUCUCCCUGGCUUACGAAACAGCUGAAAGUGACAUCAUGAAGCGUCAGCCCAGGAACCCAUUCAGGGACAAGUUGGUGAAUGAGAGGCUUAUCAGUAUUGCCUAUGGACAGAUCGGCAUGAUCCAAGCUCUUGGAGGCUUCUUUUCCUACUUUGUCAUCCUAGCUGAAAAUGGGUUCCUGCCUUCUCGACUUGUUGGCAUCCGGCUGGACUGGGAUGAUCGAUCCACCAAUGAUCUGGAAGACAGCUAUGGACAGCAGUGGACAUAUGAACAGAGGAAGAUUGUGGAGUUCACAUGCCACACAGCCUUCUUUGUCAGUAUUGUAGUGGUACAAUGGGCUGAUGUCAUAAUCUGCAAAACCAGACGUAACUCAGUCUUCCAGCAAGGCAUGAAGAACAAGAUUUUGAUCUUCGGCCUGUUUGAAGAAACUGCUCUAGCUGCCUUCCUGUCUUACUGCCCAGGCAUGGAUGUAGCACUCAGAAUGUACCCUUUAAAGCCCUCCUGGUGGUUUUGUGCAUUUCCAUAUAGUUUUCUCAUUUUUGUUUAUGAUGAAGUUCGAAAACUUCUCCUCCGGCGUAACCCUGGAGGUUGGGUGGAAAGAGAGACAUACUAUUGAUCAAGGGAGCAUUUUUGCUAUGACCCCAGCCAUCUUCUACUUAUUUCACUCUGUCACUUCCUUCCUGGCAAGACACACCUCCAGAGGCCACACCCUCUUAAAGACAAAAUCCGCUUUGAAGCAAUUUUCAUCUCAUCUGCCCCAAAAGAUUAAAGACAGCAAAAGCACCUUCUUUCUACAUUGACUGCUCCCUAUUCUCCUAUGAUACUAUUUGCAUGUCCCCUCUCACUGCUGUGUACCUAACUGCUGUGUAUCUCCCAAACGGCAGCUGCAUAAUGUGUACGUAGAUUUGAACGAGCUAAGGAUACAAAGGGAGUGUCUCCGCUCUGCAAAAAAGGGCCAUUUAGCUCCUUCAGCCUGCUCCUCUUCUGUCUUCCUUCUUUCUUUACAUUCGAGUUCCUCGCUCAUUUUUUCUGUUUUGCCAACCCUUUGCUUGUCCUCCAGUCACACACAUAUACAGAUCGCACAGUGCUUUCCAGUCGCCUGCACCAUUUUGACUGCCAGUCUGUCUCUUUUAUGUGGAGGAUGGGCAGCAUGGUCAUGUUCUCAUGGCGUCCAUUUUCCUUUUCUUUUCAUAGGUCAGAGAGUGUUUUUUUUUUAUUUACAGGGUAUGGGAGUGUUUUGGUUUUACAUGUCUCUUUUUCUUAAGAAGUGAGGGGAGCAUGUAAGAGCUGCUUUUCCUCAUUUAGGCCUGAUAAAGCACACCCCACAGUGUCCUGUUCUCCCUGCCACCCCCUGGGCAUCCCCCUGCCAUUUGUCUCUGUUUUGUGCACUGUGUGAAACAUUGGCUUUAUUAAUAAUUACUGCAGAACCUCUCUGAGUUGGAAAAUGCAACUGAAUCUUCAGUGUGCUCUAGGAAGUCUAUAUAAUUCUAUACUGAAUUUAAAUGGAAAAAUAAAAUACACAUUGAAAAACUGGUGAAGAGA